UCGACAUUCUCUCAAAUCCGGAGUUCUUGGCAGAAGGCACUGCCAUCAAAGAUCUGCUCAACCCUGAUCGUGUCCUGAUCGGCUCCCUUCCGGAUGAGAGAUCUAUGAGGGCAGUAUCAGCUCUUGCUGAUGUAUACGCCGCUGGGUUCCACAAUCUCGUAUUAUCACCAUCAACUUGUGGUCAUCAGAGCUGGCUAAGCUAGCUGCAAAUUGCAUGCUCGCACAGCGGAUUAGUAGCAUCAACUCUUUCAGUGCGAUUUGUGAAGCCAUCGGAGCUGAUGUCGGAGACCUGGCACAUGCCGUUGGAAUGGACUCUCGCAUCGGCAGCCGUAUGCUGAAGCCAAGUGUUGGCUUCGGCGGCUCCUGUUUUAAGAAGGAUGUGUUGAGCCUGGUAUACAUCGCGGAGUCACUGCAUCUACCUGAAGUUGCUCAGUAUUGGCGUUCGGUGGUUUCAAUCAACGAGUACCAAAAGGAUCAAAUCACGAAAAGGAUAAUCCUGCGGCUAAACAACACACUCUGGGGCAAGACAGUAGCGAUCUUGGGAUUUGCCUACAAGAAAGACACCGGCGACACCCGGGAAAGCGCCGCAAUCUCGGUCAUUCGACAACUUCUCGAAGAGCAGGCCCAGAUUAAUGUCUACGACCCUAAGGUAUCGGAAGAGUCCGUAUAUGCCGCGCUGGAAGGGCAAAGAUCUUCAAACCAUGCGACAUCUGAGAGCAUCGGAGGAAGAGUCAAGGUGUGCUCCGACGCAGUCACAGCGUGCGCUAAUGCCAGCGCAGUCGUAAUUCUGACAGAAUGGGACGAGUUCAGAACGGAUGGGUUACCAAGUACCGUGCCACGAGAAAGUCUUGGGCUGGCGGGCGUCGAUGAUGAAGAUAUCGCGACUGGCAGUAUUUCACCGGUAAGCUCGAAAGACUCCGGUGUCGAUAUCAUGAUGCAAGGCGAAGGCACAGAAUCGCAAAGAGCUCUCAGCGGAAUGGCCGAUCGGGUGGACUGGCUCAGCAUCGCUAAGGUGGUGCGACGGCCUGGUCUGGUGUUCGAUGGACGAAAUGUUGUCGAUCCUGUGAGACUAGCGAGACUCGGCUUUAGAGUUGAAUGCAUCGGCAAGCCAUCGAUAACAGACACAUGGCAGGCUGCCUAGGAACGUGGGCCACAAUCAAAUGACUCCAGCUCUUCUCGAGUGCUCAACCUUUCAAUCCUUGCAUUGAGGAGUCACGCCAGUCAAGCGAUCCAGACCUUCGUGUCGGCGUGAUAAGACGAUGUAUUGUGUAAGGAUGAGCUCUUCCACUCUACGUGGUUGCACUGAGACAGCGUCAGCUGGGGAAGACGCUGCUUCUUGUUGCCGGGUGUAGUUCACAGCAGAUUGCAGAAGUUGGUACGCUAGAGAAUCAUGCAUUAGAGCUAUGAAUUUCUCGGCUCAAUGCC